AUGCCUGUUCCGCCGCCCAACUGGAAGGACACAGCCCGAGAAUGGAUGCUCUCGAUCGAGUGUGUUACUGACGGAAGUCAAGGCUGGAAGUGGUUUGAACAGGGCGAGAUGAAAUCGGUGACAAGGAUCUAUGGCCCUGGAGUGAACACCUUGAACAACUACCGGAAGAUCUACCUCAAGCAUACUAACCGAGAGAUGGUUGGUAUGCUUAUCGAUGGCAUGCAUGCAGUUGAUGUUAUCUUGCGUGCGAAGAACGGCGACCGCGGGCUCAGCUUCAAAAGCAACCAGAAGAAGGAGGAUGAUUUGGAGCAGCGUCGUAUGUCAGAGAGGGUGAAAGGUGCUAUUGAGGCUGUGGGUAUCUAUCUACCCAGGACAUUUGGAGGUGGAGGAGGAAGAGGAGUAAUAUCUAAUAUGAAAAAGGGCACUGCGCGAGACGAGGUAGAACCUUUCUUACUCUGUUUCGCUACGGAUGCUGGAGAGGCACAUGAUGUGGAUGAGAGUCUUCAGCUGCUGAGCUGCUAUAAUUCCGUUUGUUCUUACUGCUUAACUGAUUCAUGUUUUUACUGUACGGGACUUACGCGUUGA